GUCAUGACUGUGUCACCUUGGCCACUUGUUCUGCUCCUCAUCGUGGGUUGUCCCAGUUUCAAGGCCCUCGAUGAGAGGCGGAUUCGGGGAAUGCUAGAUUUAGAACGUGAUCUCUUGCAGAAUCUGCGCGAAUAUGCCGAAAAGCUGGAGCAGAAAAUCGGCAUCAUAAACAAUUCUUUGAAAGAGUACAUCGGCGAGAUAGACGAGGCCAGAAUAGAUCCGGAAGAGUACCUCUCAAAUCCGCUGAAUGCCUUUCGAUUGAUUAGACACAUGCAUCAGGAUUGGGUCAGCUGGCAGGUUUACAUGGAGGAGCAGGUGGGCCCCGAUCAGGUGGCCAAGCUGGAGCUCCUACUGCCGCAACUCCCCAAAGAGGUGGCCUUCAAGAAGGCGGCCAAGGAUGUCAGUAGUUUGGCCCAGUUCUACGACUACGAACCCGCUGACCUGGUAGUCCGAAGUGAACGCAAUAGUCCCCUGCAUCUUUCCCCUUUGGACUGCUAUCACUUGGGAUUGGAGCUGUAUGAGAAGCACGAUUACCUCGGGGCAGCCAAAUGGCUCGAAGUGGCUGCCCAUAAUUAUACCCUCUCAAAGUACAGCGAUCUGUUCGAUCUACUGGGAGCUCCUCGCUGGCAGGUGUAUCGAGACCUGGCCAGGACCCUAUUUAAACUGAAUAGAGAGUCCGCGCAUGGUGCUUAUGAAUCAGCAACGAAUUUGAAUCCCCAGAAUGUGCAUCUUAUACUGGAGUUUAGCCAGAUGGAGUUGCUCAGUCUGAGGGACCCCAUGGAACCCAUACUCGAUCCUGAACCAAGUCCCACCGCUCUGGAAAGCCACUGCCGUGGCGAAGUUCCCUCACAUCACGGUCAAUUGCAGUGCGAAUAUAACACCUGGGUCACUCCAUUCCUGGAAUAUGCUCCCUUAAAGUAUGAGAUGCUGGUGGCGGAUCCUUACACUAUCAUUUAUCCGGGGAGCAUCUACGAAUCGGAAAUAUCUCACGUGAAGAACGCCUACGAACGCUGUCCUCCAAAUGCCCGAUUUGAGCUUCGGAAGGGAAUUGUCGGGUGUUCCAUCUCCGAUGGAUACAGUCCGGUGAUGAAGCGCAUCAAAACGCGGCUUUUGGACAUGACGGGAAUGGACGCGACUUGGGAGACCUUUUUCGUAGUGGAAUACGCCCAAUUAAAGACCUUUGAAAUCUUUAAACUAUUCCGGGACUCCAAAAAGUUCCCCAAACUCAACGUUUUGAAUGUAGAUUUCGAGGCCACUGUUAUGAUAUUCCUGAAAGACGUCCUUGGGGGGGCCAUUACACUGCCAAAAGAAGAUCUUUUUGUGCAACCGAAAAGGGGAAGUGUGUUGAUCACCCUCGAGCAUGAGGAACUAUCGACUACGAUUUGUCCAAAUAUCAUGGGCAGUGGACUAGUUUUGAUCAAGUUUAUUUUGAAGACAGAAUGAGCGGAUAUUUCAUUGAUGGCGAGUUUCGAGCUGGGUGGCAUUUUACUUAUAUAUUUAACGUGCUAUGCUAAAGCUCAAGUUUAAAUUUAAGACUUUAAAUAGUUAUACAUAAGCCCAGCAGAAUCUUGCAGUCAUUAUACACAAUUAAAAAUCAUUUAAAAUCCUUA